ACCUGCUGGAGGGAGACUGUUUUUUUUGCGGAGUUGGGCCUCUUCCUCUCUGGUUCGUGUCCACCCGCCAAACAGUAUCGUUUCCGGAAUGUUCAUGCCUUCGGAAGGUUCAGAAAUCCUGUAAUUUGAUAGCUAACCAUUCACUGGAAACAAUAACAAUCAAAUUUGACAGGUGGUUUCGUCAUGCGGAUCUGGUCAGUUUUGUUUACGCUUGAUGCUUCUCGUGUGGAUCUUUUUGCAAUCUAGCUAGCCAGCAACUAACAAGUCAACAGACUAUCUUCCAGCUGAUCAAAACAAGGUCAAUUGACGAUGCGUUCUACGCAAUUUGGAUGUUGUUAGAAGACCCCGCCCUCCCUCGGCAUCCUCAGCAAGACGUGGAGAAAGUGCGUUUUCCAUAAUUAACAACAAGUCCACUUGAAGCCAGAACCAUGUGAGUCUUACCCAAAUAUUUAUAUAUACACUAGAAUACUGAUUGGGGGCGCUGUGUUCAAAAUAUUUAUAUAAAAAAACUGAUUGGGGGCGCUGUGUUGAAGCCGACGUGCGAGCCUCCAUCUUCGCACUUCUUCACCAUUGUAAAACAUAUCUUGGAAGCUAUAUACAUGCAUUUAUUAACGUCUACAUUCGUUUUCAUAUUACAGACAACUUAAUGCAUAAUUGUAAAUUAUUUUAUAUGAGCACAUUUUUAUUGAUUACUAAUGUUAAUGUCCCCACUACAACAACAAAAAUACUUAAAUACACUGAACAAAAAUAUAAACGCAACAUGUAAAGUGUUGGUCCCAUGUUUCAUGAGCUGAAAUAAAAGAUCCCAGAAAUGUUCUAUAUGCACAAAAAGCUUAUUUCUCUCAAAUGUUAUGCACAAAUUUGUUUGCAUCCCUGUUAGUGAGCAUUUCUCCUUUGCCAAGAUAAUCCAUCCACCUGACAUGUGUGGCAUAUCAAGAAGCUGAUUAAACAGCAUGAUCAUUACACAGGUGCACCUUGGGCUGGGGACAAUAAGGCCUCUCUAAAAUUUGCGGUGUUGUCACACAACACAAUGCCACAAAUGUAUCCAGUUGAGGGAGCGUACAAUUCUUAUCCUGACUGCAAGGAUGUCCACCAAAACUGUUGCCAGAUAAUUUAAUGUUAAUUUCUCUACAAUAAGCCACCUCUAACGUAAUUUUUGAGAAUUUUGCAGUACCUCCAACCGGCCUUAUAAGCGCAGACCAUGUUUAUGGAGUCCUGUGGACGAGCGCUUUGCUGCCCCCGUGGUGGUGGGGUUGUGGUAUGGGUAGGCAUAAGCUACGGACAACAAACACAAUUGCAAUGUAUCUGUGACCAACAGAUGGAUAUCUGUAUUCCUAGUCAUAUGAAAUCCCUAGAUUAGACCCUAAUCAAUUGACGGAUUUCCUCAUAUGAACUGUAACUCUGUAAAAUCUUUAAAAUUGUUGCAUGUUUUGUUUAUAUUUUUUUGUUUAUAUGUCAUUUUGUCCUUGAAACAUUUAAUUGAAAUACUGUACUGAGUUCCAUUCAUUCCGAUGGAGGACUGCUCCUUCUGGGAGUGACAAUAUGGCCGACCGGUGUCUUCAAAGCCUCUCAUUGGACAACACAUUUAAUCAGCAGUCCAGGGUUUAUAUCAGUGUUGUAGUACUACACAUUGAGUGUCUUGGUCUUGACUUGAUGUCAAGAAACAUUUUUACUCUCUCUGUGUCAGCUACAUUUUUAUCCAGUCUCGGACAGUGAGGACUUGUAAUUUCAGACCAGCGGAGUAAAAAGCCCAUCAUUAACAGCUUCCAUUCAGUCAGCGCAUAAAAACGCUUUGCCAGGCCAAAUAUAUACACUCCUUUUUUGAAACAAUAUCUUGUUGCCUAUUGAAACCUGAGAUUCCCACUUUACUUGUAACAUUACUGUACUUUACUUGCAUUGAAAAAUAUCCUCAAAGUUUGUCUGAAUUUCCUUGACUCUCUGGUAGGGAAGAGUGGGGUAAAUUGUUGACUAAGUUGCAUGCUUACUAUUAGUAAGGGGAGACAGGGAGAAAUUCUAAUAGUCUUUAUAUCUAUAGUAGACAUGUUUGCGCAGUGGCGAACCUAUUGGACCCCUAGGCCUUCAGUGUGUGACAGGCUGGUGAUGCUGAAAGGACAGCAACCGUAAUACCAGUGAGAGUGCACUUUUGUAAAUCACAAAGGGCCAAUGAUAUAGUGGAGGCUAUAUGCAGGUAUACACCCUAUACCAACUUUGUCCCUUAUGAAAAAAUAUUGCAGUCAGAGUGCAGUAUAACUGCAGUUAUUCUGCAAUUACUGCGUCCAAAAUACCACAGUUGACUGCAGUUUCAAAACGGCAAUCUUUUUUUAAGGGGUUUUCUGUGGGCAUUGCCUAAACUCACUUCUUAAUCCCUUUGGUUGCAUAUCAAAGUAGUGGAGGUAUACAGUGUAUUAAUUAUGUAGUACAAUAGAGAAAUCAUGCACAAAGUUGCCUACACAUAUCCUAGUUUCAGUCGAAUAUAAUCUGCAGUCAGCAAGAGCGCACAGCUUCCAACUGGUUGUUGCAUGGAGCAGCUCACAGAAGAAUUACAUUGGUAGCCGGUAGGGUAGGAAAGACAUUUCAAUUCAUGAUAUCUAGCAGUAAAUGCUAUCUAAGGCAACAAUGGGUAUGCAAACCAGGUAUUGAAAACAUUUGGUCCUUAGUCUUGGUUAGUAGGCUAUUUACGAUGUGCAAUUCAGUCAUCAUACGCUGUUUGCAUGAAUAUUUAUGAAGGCUUUCCCAAAAAACCUUUACAAUUAAAUGUUGACUUGCCUACCUGACAAAAUGAUGUAAUGUUGAUUUGUAUCAAUGGGGAAAGAAUUUGUUUUUCUCAAUUUAAUUAAAGGUCAACUACACCCUCCAACAAUAUAUUUUUUAGAUUUUUCCCAGACCUAAAAGAUAGUCUCCUGAUGUGGUUUAAGCAUUGUUGUGGACUUAGAACAUCCCAUUUGUGUCCUUUUAUUAAUGUAUUUAAAGUGUGAUUUUAGAUUUUUAACAAGUGGUGCAAUUCCGUCACACAGGACCCACUUCUUCAGCACCACUGCAUAGGGCCGAUGGAAAGACACCGGUCCAUUCACUCUGACAUAUUAAGCCGUGGUGAUGGCCUGGGAGAUGGACAGCUCACACGGACCAGGGUCACCCCAAAGAGUUCUGCCCAAAACGGAACAUUCCAAGGUCGAACUGGUCUCCAGAGGUCAGGAAUCCCUCUCUACCUCAUGUGUCAAACAGGAGCGGACAGAAUUAUUUGUUACGAACCCUGAGCUUCAGAGGCCAACGCACAUCAAAGAGGAGGAGUAUGAGACCACAGUCACAUCCCUUUUAUUACUUACCAAACAGGAGAGUGAAGACAAGGAGAUUCCUGACUCUAAACCAAUGAAACUUGAGUUUUACGAUCCAGCCAGCCAAACAUGUACAGCCCGAGAAGAGAAGAAAGCUGAGCUGAAGAAGUCUGGAGGAGUGUUCCAUCCAAAGAAUUCCGGUCUCCCUAAGCUUCAGGCCCCCUCUCAGCCCUCGGCAGGUGCAGGCUCCAGUCCUGUGAGUAGGGAGGAAGAUGAGACGGAACCAGGGGUACAGGAGGACCAGCACCCUGGAGACUGGCUAGCCCCCGUGGAGGACGACGAGGCCCUGGGUGAGUCCCAGCGUCGACGGGGCUUUGAGUCCGCCAGCCGCUCCCUUUCUUCCAUCCUGGGCUCCGACUCGGAGUCAGACGACAAGGAGGGUGAAGAGGACCCCACCUGGGCCCCUGCCGACCCCCAGACCCUCCAGGACAACCCAGAUGCUGACAUCCCCGCUCUUCGAGAGGCGUCCCCACUGUGGCACAGGAAAAGAACGUCAUCGUCACGAGGUCGAGGCAAAAGAGGUAGAGAGGGAGGAAGAGGUGGUGUCUCCUCGUUUCCAGAACCCCAAAAGAAGCCCAAAAACUUUUCCUGCCAGGAGUGCGGGAAGGCCUUCAUAUCCCGCCGUGACCGGGAGAGGCACAUUCGCACUCAUAGCGGGGAGAAGCCAUUCCCCUGCCCCAGAUGUGACAAACGCUUCAACGACAGUGGGAACAUGCGUAAACACAUGCUGAUCCACUCGGGGGAAAGGCCCCACCUCUGUCCAGACUGUGGCAGGGGGUUCUCAGAGAGGGGGAAUCUCAGCAGGCACAGGGCCCACAUCCAUGGCAGUAUGCCCAAGUCCGAAUGUGAAGACUGUGGGAAGACCUACAUAGAGAAAGGAGGUCUGGACCGCCACAUCAGAUCUGGAGCCUGCUCUGCAACAAGAAAAACAUGACAUUUAUAAAUUAAAAAGGUUCCUACAAUAACAGUCCAGUUUCAGCAAGUACUACCUCCAGCGAUCAAACUAUCAAAUAUGGAUUGCGACUUAACGGCCGGUGACUAGAGAGCUUGCUGGGAGAGUUCGGUGAUUCCUUACUGAAGGUAUUUUUCGCAGCAUUAGGGGGUUGGAAGUUUCAUGAAUCGAGAGACAAUAAUGACAUUAUGAAAAACAGUGUGUAUGAACUGAGGAGCUGUGUAUAAAAAUCUAUAUCAUAGAUGAAGAGAUGAUCUAGUCUAUAUUUGUAUUCUACUUCCUAUCAAUACCUAAAAAAGAUAUAUAUUUUUAGCCAUUUUAUUUUUCGCAAUACUCAGUAAAAUGACAAAUGGAUAACUGAAUUUCAUUUAAAGUUUGUCCUCCCUUAGAUAGCUUUCUCCGUGAGUGCCUUUAUGAGUGGAGACAGAGAGAAGUGCUUUGUGAAUGUGAUGAUCUGUACUUCACUGUUAAAGUAAACAAUCAUGGAUCAAGAA